UGUUAGUUGGGGAUGGGCUGGGAAACGGGAGCUGCUGGAAAAACAUGUACGCGGCACCUUCCCACGACUUCCCUGAGACUCAGUUCACACACAGAGACCAACUCUCUUCCAUCACAUUGGGACAGUGCGGGGAGGUGGGGAAAGGCCCCCACCCACGGACAAACAGGGAGCCAUGAGUACAUCAGGCAAAGUCAGCGGGCUAAAACCUCCAAGUAAGAUAGUCCGUCCAUCUGGGGUGCCUUCAAGAACGUCCCCGUCAUCUGGUGCUCCAAAACCAAUUCCUCCUGAGAAGUCCACCAGCGGUGUGACCUCCCCAACCCAGGAUGGGAAUGUGGACUUUCAGAUGGGCGACAGGGUCUGGGUCAAUGGCAACAAGCCCGGCUAUGUGCAGUUUGUCGGGGGCACUCAGUUUGCUCCCGGACAGUGGGCCGGCAUUGUGCUGGACGAUCCAAUUGGAAAGAAUGACGGGUCCGUGGCGGGCGUCCGGUACUUCCAGUGCGAGGAUGGGCGGGGCAUUUUCACGCGGCCUUCGAAGCUGUCCAGGACUGCGCUGCCGGAGAAGGAAGCAAACGGAGGGCAGGCCAGUCCAGCCCAAGGAGCUCCCACACCGAGCGAGUCUGCACCUGCUGGCCCGACCCCCCUCGCUCAGGCCACCGGGAUCAAGACGAGCAGCGUCCUCACACGCGUGGUGGCAUCCAGCGAGUCGGUGUCCAACCUGUCAGACCCAGACUCCCUGAAGAAGAACAGGAGGGAGCUCAGACUGGGAGACCGUGUGUUGGUUGGUGGUACAAAGGCAGGAGUGGUGCGGUUUCUUGGAGAAACAGACUUUGCGAAGGGGGAGUGGUGUGGAGUGGAACUGGAUGAGCCUCUUGGGAAGAACGACGGCGCUGUAGCUGGUACCAGGUACUUCCAGUGCUUGCCCCGGUACGGCCUGUUUGCUCCCGUCCACAAGGUGACACGGAUCGGCUUCCCCUGCACCACCCCCACUAAGGCUAAGAGCUCACGAAGGAGGUCCGGGCUCAAGAGGAGCCCGAGUGCCUCCUCCAUCAGCUCCCUCAGCUCCGCCACCUCCUCCAUCAGCGGCAAACCCAGCCGGGCAGGACUGCUGACGGAGACGUCUGCUCGAUAUGCUCGUAAGAUCUCUGGCACCACGGCGCUGCAGGAGGCUCUGAAGGAGAAGCAGCAGCACAUCGAGCAGCUGCUGGCGGAGCGGGACCUGGAGAGGUGUGAGGUGGCCAAAGCAACCAGCCAUGCAGGGGAGGUGCAGCAGGAGCUGACCCUGCUGAGGAAAGGCCGGGAGCAGUAUGCGCUGGAGAUGGAGGCCAAGCUGGAUAAUCUGCGAUCGCUGGUGGAGGCUGCAGAUCGAGACAAAGUGGAGCUCCUCAACCAGCUGGAGGAGGAGAAGAGGAAAGUGGAAGAUCUGCAGUUUCGUGUGGAGGAAGCUUGUAUCACCAAAGGAGACCUGGAGACGCAGACCAGACUGGAGCAUGUCCACAUAAAGGAGCUCGAGCAGAGCCUGCUCUUUGAAAAGACCAAAGCUGAAAAGCUCCAGAGGGAUUUAGAGGACGCUAGGGUGGCCACGGUGUCUGAGCGCUCCAGGAUCAUGGAGCUGGAGAGGGAGGUGGCAGAUCUCCAGCUCAGGCUCCGGGCAUCCCAGCAGAAGGAGGAUGCUGCGUCUUUGUCGCAGCAGCAGAUCGGCAGCCUCAAGGCCCAGGUUCAGUCUCAGGAGAAAAAGAUCAGUGAGCUGAGUGUCGACAUGGAGAGCAAACAGAAAGAGCUCCAGUCGCUGCAGCAGGAGAAGAGCUCCCUGGAGCAGCAGCUAGCCAACCUGAGAGAAAAGCUUGAGAUUGCCGAGGAGGAGAGCAGGAAGACGGCGAAGACUGUGCACGAGCUGGAGCAGAGCAUGGAGCGUUCUAAAAAAGACUUCCAAACCCUGAAAGAAGAGGGUCAGAGCAGAGAGAAGGAUCUGAGAGGCCAGCUGACACGGGUUACAGAGAAAUCGGAGAGGACGGCUCAGUCGCUGGAGCAGCUGACCAAUGAGAAGACGACUCUGGAGACGCAGCUCGAGGCUUUGAAGCAGCAGAACUCCAAGUAUCAGGAAGAGCUGAGCCUGUCGAAGGAGCGGAGCAGCUCCGAGAGCCAGCGCAUCGGAGUCCUCUGCAAGGAAAUUGAAGAGCUGAAGCUGGCCUCCCAGAAGUCUCAGCGUUUCGAUGGGCACAAUGAGGACCGCAACAGUCAGCAGCCAGACAUGAAGACCAGAGAAACCAUCAGUAACCAAGAUGCAGAGGGGGAAGUAAACUUCCAGAAAUCUACUGGAGCCCUGAUCUCAGACAAAGACCGGGAAUUGGAAAUUCUGAGGAAUGAGAUUGCAGUGCUGCGAGGAGAAAACGCCGUGGCCAAGACGCUGCAGACUGCCGUGGAGACGCUGGAGAAGGACAAGGCUCAGCUGCAGGGUCGGGUUCACAGUCUGGAGCAAAGGCUGAUGGGAAAUCAGCACCGGGGCGGAGAAGACAGGGAGGCCCCGCCCUCAGGUGAUGCAGCUCUGGAGCAGCUGAGGGAAGAGAAGGAGUUUGCUGAAGGACAGAUCAACUUCCUGAACAGUGUGAUUGUGGACCUGCAGCGCAAGAACGAAGAACUGAAGAUGAAGCUGAAGAAGCUCGCACUAGCUGAGUUGAACGGCAACGACGGGACGGAUGGGUUUGAGGAGGGAAUGUUGAGGAAAGAAAAGAAGGCGACUCCACGUCUGUUCUGCGACAUCUGCGACUGCUUUGACCUCCAUGACACAGAGGACUGCCCCACUCAGGCUCAGAGCCCAGACUCGGUACCUCACACCACUUAUCACGGCAACCCAGCUGACGAGAGGCCCUACUGCGACAUCUGCGAGGCUUUUGGACACGCCACAGAGUCGUGCAAUGAUGAUCAGACCUUCUAAAGCAUUUUAGUCCCUUCUCUUUCCUCCCCAGAUAUAUUUCCCCACAGUCCAGCCCGACAUCCCUGACUGAGACCCACAGAGUUUUCCAUAAUGUAUUUUUAUACUGUAUUUAUGCAUAUCACCAGUAGUUACUGUUGUGAUCUAAACCUUUCCCUUAAGAAGAACUUUUCUGAUUAUAAUGCAGAAUAAUCGUCCAAAUAUGCCGCUUUGGUGCAAUAUUGAUGUUUCUAACAGCCAGUCUGUCCUCAGCACUUGUAGCUUUUGACGUGUGUGGUUUGUUUCUAAAAUAAGCACAUGUGAUGUUCCACACGUCUGUUUUGGGCUGUAUUUGUUGUUGGCAACAAAAGUGAUGCAAAAAAACGCAAGCACAGUUCAAACUGAAGGGAAAUUUAAGGUCUCCACCUUUACACCCUUCUUCACCAUCACAUUCCUCCGUCUGGAAAUCAGUCAGGGUGAUGCUGCCACAAAAUACAAAACAGAUUCUGUUCGAGGAUGUUUGGAGGACCUUGGUCCAGUGUUUCAACUUAAAUCUGAGAGUGAGGAUCACUAAGGAAAACGUCAUAUUUGGAGUAUAAAGUCAUAAUCCUUGUCAUUUAAAAUGAUUAACUUUCAGUUUAGACCUUGGAAAUUGUAGUUCGAGGAUGCUGAAGACAAAGUUCACAGGCUGACCUGCAGAUUUUACACGUAGCUGAGUUUACUUAGUUCUGGUAUGCAUUUUUUCUUGACACAAUGUCAUUUUGUUUAUUAAAUAUCUAAUCAUAAUCAGAUGUUAUACAUCUGCUGCAGCUGUCAAAGAUUUGUAAAUGUUUUCCAGCUUCAAAUACAUCGUAUUUUGACAUUUGUUUGAUCAACUACUGUUUCCAAGGUCUGAGGCCCUUCAAGUCCGCUUGUUAUAAGCGACUUUGGGCUUGUUUUUCUGUUCAGGAUUGAGGAUCUGUCAUAGUUAAUAAUGAAACAGUUUAAUUUUGUAAUUUAUGUCUUAACUUUUAGUAGCCAGUGAUUGUUCUUACAGGGAAAUAAGCUAGCACUGAUUCAAAGAGGAUAGUCUGUAGUGGGACUGCUGUAGUUUAGGUGACAGGAACUCACCCAGAUUAAACUAUAGGAGCCGCUACAAACUUAAUUUUGCACUUUCCACUUUAGAGCUUCAACAUUCAAGAUACUUGGAGUAACUUCGUGAUGACAAAGUUAUUUAAAAGUUAUUUAGUUAAUAUUCUUUACUGCCCUUUAAAUCUAAGCUUUGACAUUUGGUAAUUGUGCUUAUUUAUUUUGAGAAUUAAAGUGCUAAUGCUCUUAAUCUAAAUAUAAGUAUUGUGAUUCAAGUGGAAAGUCACACAAAUAAUUCCAAGAGUACUGCUCUACUGGAAACAGCAGAGCUCAAACAUCACUUUAUGAUGUAGUCAUUUAAUUUGCACCAAACACAUGUAGUCUGCACACAGUUCUGAUGUCACGUGUAACCCAAUUUGACUGAAAAAGAGUUUUAAAAGCACAAAAACACUUUUACUGAAUAAUAACUGAAGUAAAUGCUAACACAAAUGUUAAGCUUGUAGCUAAAAUUCACAAUGAAAUAAUUAUGUAGUGUAAUUUUUUUAAAAUGUAUUCUUAAAGUAGUGAUGCUGCAUGUUUGUGUGGUAACAAAGCUAUGAUCAAGUUUGCUUAUCUUAGCACGAAGUCUGGAAAUGGAAACAGCUAGCCUCAAUUUAUCCAGGCGUAAUUAACACAAAGAAUAUUUGCACUUUCUACACUCUGUUUUAAUUACAGACACACAUUUCUUUAAUUAAUGAACUUUAUAGACAUAAUGGAAGACAGAAGCUAACUUUUCAACUUGGUUAAGCUAAGCUAACAGGCUACUGUCUUUGGCUCAGCUAAGCUAGGCUAAGCUAACAAGUGUCUGUAUUUGGCCUUGUACUUAAUCUAGAAAGUGGAUAAGCAACUUUCCUAGAAUGCCAAACUUUUCCUUUUGUUAACCUUCUGUAGCAACAUGUAUUCGAUCUUGUUCUAAGCACAGUUUACAUGAUAUUAAAUAUUCCUUUGUAUUAGUCUGUAUAAUAGUGAUGAAACUAACAGCUGAUACUCAUUUGAAAAUGCUAACCAGAAGCACCUUCCGGUGUGUGUGUGUACACAGUGCCCUAUAACAAACAAAAAAAAGAUUACUUUUACUUCUACUACAGUUUAUUUUUCUGCCCGUUAAUAAGACAUUUGGGGAGGUUUGCACUCCAGGGAUAAAACUGCCCAUUUGUAUUUGUAAUUAUUGAGUACUUUAUAAGUGAUGCGUCUAAUUAUUAGUGUAAUGUUUUAUAUGUGACAGCUUCAGACACCAUGUUUGGUUUUAAAGCAUUUUACAGAUUUUGAUGUUGUAAAACAUGUUUUUCUAUGUACUGUGAACAGUCCACUUUAAAUACCAAGAAAAUC